UGAAUUCACGCAGUCGAUGCCAGCAGCUCCUCAGGACUGAGAGGACGUUAAAGUGGAAGCGAAGACUGGUGCAGCUGCAUUGAAACCAGCGGAUCAGGAGUUAGAGGCUGCUCGGAGGGAAAUCUGUUUCACAUCAGUGGAUCUAUCAUGACUGCGAGGAUCCAGGGGGCAGCUGUCCGGGACAAAGUAGCGCCGGAGAGCCGAGCAACAGAGAAAAUGGUGAAGGUCAGGAGAGCUGUGUGGCUGGUACUGGGCAUGCUCAGUCUGUCCAUGCUGCUGGUGGUGCUGGGAAUCUACGCGACUACUCGGACUGAAAGCCUGAAUGUGACCGGCUACGCCUCUGGAGUUAUUCUAACGCUUGGAUCUUUCCUGGGACUUCUUGGACUCCGUCUGGAAGAGAACCGCAAGCAGCUGCUGAUGGCUGCCAUUGUAUUCCUCAGCUUCGGGAUCAUCACCUCUUUUCUGUGCCUGGUGAUCGAUGGUGUCUGUAUUGUCUUAAACAUGGACAUCCGUCCACUGAAAGAGGAGCGAUGUCAGUAUUACAGCAGCGGCAGCAGCUACAUCUAUGAGAAUUUCUACACGUCUGUGUCGUGUUGGAGCCCGAAGGAGUCCUGCACCAUGACGGUACGAAGUGGGACCUGUUACUGCUGCGACCUCUACGACUGUGCCAAUGGAGGAUACCUCAGCAACUACUAUGAGUUUGUUGGAGUACAAAGCUGUGAGGAAGUCUUUGUUCUGUACGUGUUAAUUUGGAUCCUCGCCAGCCUCAACCUUGUGGCAUUCUUCGCAGGGAUACUGACCACAGCGGUGCUGGGCAGCAUCAAAGACUCGCAGAGGUGUAGCAGCCCUGUGGCCGAUCUGUCUCAGAGCUCAGCAUCUUCCCCUACAGCUCCACUGCUGAUGGACGCCAACACUCACACAGAACAGCAGCUCCACCCAGGAGCAUCUGUGUUUUUCCCUCCAGCAGAGAAGACAGCUGCCACACAGAGUUUUCCUUCCUCACUGACUCCCCACAUGGAGACCAACCCGCCUCCCUUCGUCCCGCUGACCAGCCUGCUGCCUUACAGAGUCCACGGCCUCCCAGUCUGAGCCCCACCAGCGCUGACCAGCAGCUUUGUACGAGAAAGAGAUCUAAAAUACUAAGAACAGAAAGGGAUGUGUAAUUAUUCUUCUUGUUGUUUUUAACGUUGUUGGGAGGGAGGAAAGACAAUAUAACUAAAAGACAGAUGUGCCGAUCUGAAUAUUAUACAGAAAUAUAAGUCUCUUAAAAUCCAACCGUGGACGUGGUGAUGUUUCAUGGAAAAUGUUUCUUGCUGCUUUUGAUUAAAUGCAAAGAUUUUAACAUUUGACUGUACUUCACUUAAAAACAUGAAUGUCUUAAAAUGUAAAAUGUCUGUAAAUGAAAUGUUUUGUGUUGUAAAUGCUUUUCAUGACUUCAUGUGCAUAGGAGGGCAAAUAGACUGUAACCCAAACUUCCACAAACAUCAGUAAAACCACAUAUAAAUUAAAAUUUCAUAUGGUAAAAAAAUCAGAAUGUAGCCUGUCACUCUCACGUAAGUGUUUGUUAUAAGUAUUAGGUUUCUGUGUGGUGUCACAGGCUGUGUUAAAGUUUGAUUUAAGUCCUAUGAAGCCCCACAAACAUGAUUUACAUAUAUGUAAUGUUUAUGUCACUAACAAUAGUUUCAAAGAUUAUAUUUUGCUGUACUUUACGUUGAACUUUCCAUAAUGUGUCAGGUUAAAGUCUACACCAACAGUAAUCCAGCUGUCGUCGUAGACAGCAGAAUCAAACUAGUGACUCUGAUGGUUUACUCAACAAAAUAAACCACCACUAAACUGGAAUAAGAACGCUGAAUAAAAUGUGACAUGUCUUUUUAUACGAUGAAUGAAAUCAAUGAAAUAAAUGAUUGAUUAAAACUGAAA